GUUUGUGUUUUUCGGUUUUUGUAAUGUCUGUGUUGCUGGCAGACAUUGACGCCACAUGCGCGGCGCUUGGCUACAGCGAUGGACAACGCUACCAGGCCGAACCAGAUGCAGCAGAGGGUCUGAAGCAUUUGAUUUGGAUCCUGAGACGUGAUCUGGACAACCAUGAGUACCGCCGCCACCUGGGACGCGCCAAGGUGCUGCAAACGGAUUUGGUCUACAUGCUGCCCGACUAUGUUCACCACGAGGAGCUGUCGGACCUGUUGAUCCGCCUGCUGGUCAUUCUGACCAACCCCACGCUGCUACUGUAUCGCGAGGGACCCCCCAGCGACAAUCACGGACGAAAGGUGUUCAUGGAGCUGAUCGACAUCCUACAGGGCUACAAGGCAGCGUUUGCCAAGGACAAAAUCUGGACGGCUCUGUUUGAUAAGCUUAAGCAGGCCCUGGAAAUAGGAUUUGCCAUACGCAGCGAGGAGCAGAACUUGCUGAUUGAACGUAUCCUGGUGCUGGUGCGCAAUGUGCUGCAGGUGCCGGCCAACCCGGAGGCCGAGUGUCGGGCGGACAAUGACGCCAGCCUGCAUGACCAGGUCAUUUGGGCGCUGCAUCAAACGGGAAUGCUAGAUCUGGUGCUGUUCGUCAUCUCCUCGCCGGAUGAGGAGCAGUUCCACCUGCACGGCCUCGAGAUCGUCUGCUUGCUCUACAGGGAGCAGAGCGCCGAAUCCCUGGCCGACGCUUCACUGCAGCGCAGUCUGAGCGAGAAGCAGCGGGACCAGCAGGAGCUGCUGGCCGCUCGACGGCGCGAGCGGGCUCGUCGGCAGGCCCGUCCUCCAACGGGAAGGCACUCGCGCUUUGGCGGCACCUACGUCAUCCGCAACAUGAAGUCCGUGUCCGAUCGCGACGUGAUUUGCCACCAGGCCCUGGAGCGCGUCUCAUCGAUAGACUUCGAUCGCGAAAAGCAGCAGCAGAAGCGCUCGCAUCGCCACAUCAAGGAGGAGGCGCAGGUGACCCGGAGGAGCGCAUUUACAGUUAGACUGUGCCUGCGCGAGUACUGCACCGAGGUGCUCCGGUCCGCUUACAACACACUGGUGAGGCAGGUGCGUCGUGUGCUGGAACGCAAUGCCGGCUCGUCGAGUCACGAUGACUCCUAUCUAUUGUGGGCCAUUCGAUUUUUCAUGGAGUUCAAUCGUUUGAGUGGUCUACAAUUGCAGUUAGUCAGCGAAUCGUUGAGCGUGCAAUGCUUCCACUGGGUCCUGACGCGCAUGCAACAUGACAUGGACAUGAUUGUGAGCGACAAGAAACAGGCGCGUCUCUGGGCCAAGCGACUGCAUGUAGCCCUUCUGACAUUCCGGGAAUUGCUGCAGAGCUUGCUGGCCCUGCAGAAGCUAAAGGAUGACAACGCGCGGGCCCUCUUUGAUAUGUUACUGAACAACGUAUGCUAUGUCCUGGAGUACAGGGAGACAAUACUGCAUUUGUUAAUGAACUACAACGAGGCGCACAGCACAAAGGUAUUCCUGCGCGAUGUGGUGGAAACAGCCAACGUUUUCAUUAAAAUGAUGGAGCGAUUCUGCCAGGACUCUGUCGUUGUCCAGGACAAGCGGCGCGGCGCCGGGGGCCGCAGGAAGAAGCAGCCGAAGGCCAAGUCCAAACAAACAGCGGCCCCCCAGCCCACGGAGGACGAAUUAUCGAGCAAAUGGGCCGAAAUGGCAUCGGAAGUGUGCACCGUGCUCUUCGGAGAACUGGUCCUUCCAGAGGACGAGCGGCCCAUUCCCUUUGAUGCUGCGUCCGAUAAGUCAAUCGAUGAUCAGCGCGAGGACUGCAUGAUCCGCAUAAAUAAACUGCUUCGCACCGAGAAACUGGAGCAGGCCAUUGCCCUGCUUCGGGCUGCCAGGGAGGUCUGGCCGGAGAACGAGGUGUUCGGCGCCGUUGCCGCUGCACCCAAAGAUGAGCUGCUGCUUCUGCGUGAGAUUUUCAUGCACAAUAUUACAACAGUUGAACCCCAGGAAGAGGACAAGGAGGACGAGGACGAGGAGAACGAUGACGACGAUGAUGCGGAGAACGAAGAGUUCGAGGAGCAGAAUAAAGGACUCACCGAGAAAACGUUCAAAUUUGAUGAUUUUGCCCGAAGAUUGCUGCACCCGAAGAUUGUUCGCGCCUGUACCCUAGUGCUAACAGACUGGGCACAGAUUCCCACGCGGGCCCUGAAGGCGGCCGUUACCGUUCUGCACCGCAUCGCCUACGGCUGCUCCUGCCCCGGAAUGCUCUUCCAGGCCAAGCUGUUUCGCAUCUUUCAACAAGUCCUCAGCGUGGAACGUGACGUCCAUCAGGAGGAGCUGCGUCGCCUGGGCAUCUACGUAGUACGCAAAUUUGUCGAGGUGGCACCAACUAAUCCCAAAAUCUAUGCAGAGUUAUUAUUUUACAAAGGCAUCAGGGAGGCAAAUGAGCUGGAGACUGGCUAUUGUGAUGCCUACGAAUCGGGAACCAAAGGCACCUGGAGUGAGGAGCAGGAGACCGAGCUGCGCUUCCUGUUCGAGGAGAAUCAACGGAAUCCCGAAACGGAUAAGGAUGUGAUUGAUUGGAUUCUGGACAAUUUGGCCGACAAGACACGCACUCGACGUGGUGUCCUCAAGAAGAUGAAGGAGAUGGGUCUGCUGUUCAAGGCGCCCACCAAACGCUCGACAAAGUCGGCCCAGAGUGGAAAAAACCUUUGGCAGCCGGAAGAGGACGAGAUGCUAAGAAGCUUAUACGAUCAAUAUCGCACCGAGCCGGAUUGCCUGGAGCGCCUUGUCCGAGAGUUUGGAGAGCAGCGCAGCAAGCAGCAGAUCAUCAAGAGAAUGCUUCAGAUUCACUUGAUAGCGGACAAGUCGGAGAUACUGCCCGCCAAGUCCAGCAAAGGGCGCGGCAAGGGCAAGUCGAAGAGGCAGCAGGAGGCGAACAGCGACAGUGGCAGUGGCAGUGGCAGCGAAGCAGAUGAAUACAUGGAGGAGCCCAUGUUUGAAGAUGCCGGAACCAGGAAGCCACAAAAUAAGUCCAGGUCACGUCAGGUGGUGCGCACUCCCCUUGAUGUGGGCACGGUGCAAGCCCUAAUCGCUCAGGUCGAUACGGAAAAGUAUCAGCCAGCCUUUGAGUGGCUCACAGAAUGCCUGAACGACGCUAGCGACGAUACCGACGAGCCAGCCGAGGAUGAUGAUGGUGUGCCAUUGCUACCUUUGCAGCAGAGUCAGAAAGACGCCAUGGAGGAUGGUAAUUUUCAGAAAGUCCUGGUGGCACUCGGCAUGCAACCGCCAAUUGCGGGCAUGGAGAACUACUGGCGUGUUCCGACCUAUCUUAAUGCGGCUGACUUGAAGCUACGUGCUAAAAUCGUGUCCGGCGAAGAGGUGGAAAUUGAGCCAGAGAAUAUCCGGGAGGAGGAUGUCGAUGAGGAAGAUGACGAGGAGGACUAUCUGGACAAGCGCAGCAGACAGCGACAACAGGCCCAAGCGGAGAACAUAACAGCUCAGCAGCAGAGCAGGCUGGACAGCCUAAUGUUUAGCAAAAGCGAUGACGAUGACCAGGCCGAGCAACGAGCUGCGCUGAAGAGAAAGGGCAACGGGAAGCAGGCCAAGCGGCAGCGCAAGGGGAAGGCCAAAGCUAUGGAGACAAAGGAGUCCGACGAUGAGGAAGAAGUCAAUGCAAUUGCCCGCAAAUUGGCACGCAAGAAACGGCAGCCUGAUGUGUCCAGCGAAGAGGAGGAUGAUGAUGAGCCAAAGCCAGAGCCAAAGCCAAAGCUAAAGCCAAGAGAGGAGAAGGAGAAAGAAACGGAGCAACCGAGCAGAGCCAGCACGGAUGAUUUAUUUGAACAAUUGAAAGCCAAGCGAGCCACUAAAAUCAAACUGGGCGAUAUGGUUCUAAAUGAGUCAACAAAGGCCGUAGGGGACGAGGACGGGGACGGGGACGAUGAUGCAUUUAACUUUAACUCGGAGGACUAUCGUGCUCGGUUGCUCGAGCUGGAGGACGAGGACGAGGAGGAUGAAGCGGAGGAGAAAAACAAAGAGAACAACACCACCAAGUCCUCAUCGCUGUCCUUGCAGCGUGCACGUCGCGUUAAUGUAAUUGACUCGGAUAGCGACAACGAUGAUGCUGGUGGCGCCUCGCCUGCUGACAAGACAAACAAACGCCCACGCAGCGACGAUGGACAAGAGUCAGACGAGGCGGCGGAGGAAGGCGACGAUGAUGCCAACUUUCUGGCUCGCAAAAAGCCAGCAAAAGUCGAUACCGGCAGCGGGGAGCCCGCCAAACGGCGACGUGUGGCCAUCAUCGAUGACGACGACGAUGAGUUUUAAUGCACUUCGAUUUUGAUUUUUGAUUUCAUAGCCAGCAAGAAUUAACCUCGAAUAAAUGUAACCAUUCAAUUUGGAAUUGCAUAUCA